CUGUGAUAGGUGAUAGGUUCACUAAUUUGACGUGACAUUCCGAAUACAAAAAAUUAAAAAUUGAAAAAUUCUUUGAGAAUCCCACCAAGAGAUUUUUGUAAAAAUAUUUGAGUGCACUUCUCAAUUAAUUGCAGAUUCCGAUAAUGGCUUUGUCUCUGAUACUUAGAAAUGCAGCUAGGACGAAUGGGAUGUCCAGUAUUAUAAAAUCCACAAUAAUAGUGGACUCCAGGAAAACCUUUUCACAAUUACUUGAUAAAAGCAAAGUGAUAUCUCCCCUGUACAGAAAAAUAAACCUGCCUAUAGUAAAAAGAUCCAUGUCUGGGGAUCACAGCAAAUUGUGGCCCAUUGAGAAAGCAGUUUCAGUAAUUCUUCUGGGAGUUGUCCCUGCAACUUUUUUGACACCUAAUGUUGUCCUUGAUGAUAUGUUUGCUGUUCUAACAGUUGUGCAUUUCCAUUGGGGUUUAGAGGCUUGUGUAGUUGAUUACAUUAGACCUAUUCUGUUUGGAGCAGCAUUACCAAAAAUAAGUCUUGGCUUGUUGUAUCUCAUUUCGGCUGCUACUCUUGGAGGACUCUUGUAUUAUAACCAUCAUUGUGGUGGCAUUGGGCAGACGGUCAGACAAUUCUGGGAAAUCAAGAAAUGAUUUAGACUCAUAUAUUAUGGGAUAACCAAUUUUUUGAAAAGUAUUUAUUCUUAUUAAAUUUAAUUGAUGUUUUACUAUUGUUUAUUGAUCAUCUGGAAAGUAAAGGAGUUAUUGACUGAUUUAGGAA